UGAUUCAGUGAUUCUUGCUAUCACGCACCCCCUCUCUCAACCAUCCAUCAACAGAGCCGCCUGGAUUCUCCGAGUCUUUGAUUUUUCUUGACAUUCAAAAGAAAUCUUCGCUCCGUCGUCAAAGUCGCGGCAUGCUCUGCUGACGGAUAUAAACAAAAUUUGUGCCGUUUACAUAUUUCACGUUUUUUUCGCGUGCAUUUAAUUUAGAGAUGGUGGCGGUAAGAGCAGCGCCGCCGUUGAUUUGUGGUGCUUCGCCAGACUUUGAGUCUGGAAAGUUGAUGUCACCGCCGAUUCCGAAGCCUGUAUUCGUGCCGUUCCCGGCGAAUGGUUCUGGUAGUAAUUUGGGGCUGAAUGGUUGCAGUGUGAGAUCGAGUUCUUUGGGCCCAUUCAAGGCAGUGGAGGAAUCAACGGCGUCUUUGGAGAAUGGCCGCACUCCCGCUGCUCCCGUCAAUGGUAAAGGUCUUCACCAGAUUGGAAAGUCAACAAACAUUUUGUGGCACAGAUGUCCGGUGGAGAAAGUUGAUCGGCAAGAGUUACUUCAGCAAAAGGGAUGUGUCAUAUGGAUUACUGGACUCAGUGGUUCAGGAAAAAGCACUCUGGCAUGUGCUCUAAGUCGAGGCUUGCACUCAAGAGGAAACCUGACCUACAUCCUUGAUGGUGACAACGUUCGUCAUGGUAUAAACAAUGACCUUAGUUUUAAAGCAGAAGACCGUGCAGAAAACAUACGAAGAAUUGGGGAAGUAGCGAAGUUAUUUGCAGAUGCUGGUAUUAUUUGUAUUGCUAGUUUGAUAUCCCCCUAUAGAAAGGAUCGUGAUGCUUGUCGGGCAUUAUUACCAGAAGGAGAUUUCAUUGAGGUGUUCAUGGACGUGCCACUCCAAGUUUGUGAGGCUAGGGACCCAAAGGGACUGUACAAGCUUGCUCGGGCCGGAAAGAUUAAAGGAUUUACUGGGAUCGAUGAUCCAUAUGAACCACCAUUAAACUGUGAGGUCCUAAUACGACAGAGGAAAGACGAAUGUGCUUCCCCAACUGAGAUGGCUGAGACUGUUAUCAGUUACUUGGAGGAGAAAGGGUACUUGCAAGCAUGAUACGCGAAAAGGGCCUUAGGGCCUUCCAGUUUUCAGUCGCUUAUGCUUUCUUACCUGUAAAUAACAUACAAUGGGAACUUCCUCGACUUUCCUGCCAUUUCAAGUCCUAUCAUAUUUCAUUUUUAGAAUCAACUAGUCAUUUGAUUAAUUGAGAUGUUCAUUAUUAUUUGUACUAUGAAUUUUGCUGCUUGUGCAUCAAAAAUAAGGCACAGUAAGAAAUAAGGUCGAAAUUCUGCCGUGUAGGUUGUAUCAUCUUGCAAUUUUGAAUGUUCAUAUUGUAAUAAAGGUCUUGUCAAGACUUAAUGUCUUGCAAAACCUUGUGUAAACCUUUACCUUUAAUAAUACCAGAGUAGAAUGUUUGUUGUUA